GAGAAGACUUAUGGUUUCCUCCCAUCUUUCAAAGAUUCCUGCCGCAAAUUCAACCAAGCAGAGAUGGAAGAGCUGGACUUUAUCAGUGCUGCGGAGGAAUCCAGGAAACACACAAACACCUGGGUAGCCCAAAGGACAGAAGGAAAAAUUACAGAACUGCUGUCUCCAAAUUCAGUGGACCCCAUGACUUGUCUGGUUCUCGUGAAUGCCAUCUACUUCAAAGGAAACUGGGAGAAUCAGUUUAACAAACAGCACACCAAGGAAAGGCUGUUCAAAGUCCGCAAGAAUGUGGAGAAGCCUGUGCAAAUGAUGAUCAAGAAAUCCACCUUUAAAAUCACCUACAUCGGAGAGAUAUUCACGAAGAUUCUGGUGCUUCCCUACGUCGGCAGGGAGCUCAAUAUGAGCAUCACGCUUCCCCAUGGAAACACCGAUUUGAAAACGGUGGAAAAGGAACUUGCUUAUGAGAAAUUUGUCGAGUGGACGAGACCAGACCUGAUGGAGGAGGAGGAGGUGGAGGUGUCCCUGCCCAGGUUUAAGCUGGGGGAGAGCUACAACAUGGAGGGCGUCCUCCGCACCCUGGGUGUGACCGACGCCUUCGAGGACACCAGGGCGGAUUUCUCCACGAUGUCAUCCCGGAAGGACCUGCUCCUGUCCCAGGUCGCGCACAAGACCUUUGUGGAGGUCGACGAGGAGGGCACAGAGGCGGCUGCGGCCACCGCCGCAGUCCUAAUGCUGCGCUGA